AUGGCAACUCAAAACAAGAAAAAUUGGGACUACGUUUUGAAAGGUUCUGCAUCAUUUGAAUUAUAUGACGAAUUCAAUAAAGAAGUCCCUGAUGAAAAAAAGAUUAACAGUAAUGACUGUAAUGAAUUCAAAUCGACAAGUAAUGGUUACAAAAAAGAGGCUUAUGAAUUAUGCAAAAAAAUUAUACGAAAUUUAAAUAAUUUACACGAUAUAGUUGUUCCUGAAACUCGUAGAUAUAACUGUUUGCACUACAAAUAUUGGAUAAAUAAUGAACUAAUAAAUAUUUUUAAAAAUGAUUCCGAAACUAAAUAUGACAUUGAUAUGAUUAAAAAAUUCCUGAAUAUGCAAGACACAUUUAAUAAUGAAAAAAAAUAUUAUAGCUGUAAAUAUGAUAUUAAUAAGAUAAAUUUGGAAUAUUUACAAGAAAUGAGUGAUAGGAAGGAUUUAAACGAUUAUUUCAAUAAUUAUAAUACUAUUAAAAAGAAUAUAAAAUGUGGAUCUGGUAAAGUAGAUACGUUUGAGGAAUACGUAAAUCAUAUUAAAGGACUAUAUGAUAAGUACAAAAAGAAUUGUUGGGACCAUUUUGAUUACUGGCUAAGCGAUUGUCGCUCUUAUUUUAGACGUGGAGAAGAGUAUGAUCCAAAUAUAUUGCUUUCAAAUUUAAAGUGCGAUAGCGAAAAUAGAACAGGAGAACAAGCUAAUAGGGGAGGAACAGGUUCUGUAAAAUAUGUACCCAAAAAAAGAAUGACAUUUCAUUAUCUUAAAUGUAAGGAUAAUGCUGAGAAAAAACCUAUUAUGUGUGCUUUAGUCCCAGUGACUAUGGAGUAUAAAGAUGAUAAAGUUGAAGUUAAAGAGAAUAAUAAAGCGGUACGAAAAGGAAUUCCUAAACCACCAGAUCCAUGGUCAACAUUCGGAGGUAUACUACAUAAAAAGAGUGAAAUAACUGCUCAAAGUUUAAACGAAGGUGUUCCUAAUGACUCCCAAGUAGAUUCAGAUGUACCAGGGAGUGAUCCAUCGAAUUCUGAAUUUUUAACGGAAGCAGAUGGUGUAUCACCUUACUUGGUGUUGACGGAUGACGAAAUUAAAUGGAGAAUACUUGAUUAUGAGACAUUGGAUUGUAGGAACUAUGCAUCAGAAGAUACUUAUGGGUUGUGUAAACGCUUAAAUCAACUACAUCAGGAAGGGAAAUUUAAAUCACAACCGAAGCCUAGUAGUUACAAUGAAACAUCCCGAGGAAACUUCAGUAGGGGAGUUAAUUCAUUAAAUGCAGUAUCAUAUGACAUGGAGGAAGAUUACGAAAAUUCUUCUAAUACGUCGGAUGAUAUGUAUGCUUUAUUAAAGUCUAGCAAAUUCCGUACAGGAACAUUAUGCAAAAUGAUAAUUUAUUGGAUGAGGCAAAUGAGAAUUUGA